AUGGCAGCGGCGUCUCCAACUGCCGGUGCCUCUUCUCCAAAGAAAGCAGGGAUGCCUCGGCGCCAGGCUGCAGUUGUACCAUUGGAUUACUCAUUCAUGGGGCUCACGUCACUCUCUGAAAUGCAACAGCAUGACCCGGUAAGCGGCACUAAAAAGGCGAUUUCGGUCGGUGCCUUGACAACACGCUCUAGUGGAGGAGUCAACGACAGUCCCGCUUCAGAAGUGUCGGGAAUUUCGCCAACCAAGAAGCGACAGACGCCGGUAUCGCUACGUGUGAACAACAACAAAAUUUCCAGUCUGAACGACAUGCAGGAAGCUCUUCGCGCCGUGUUCGACUACCCAGAGAUGCUACAGUGGCUUGAUCUAUCAGGAAAUGCACUGGAGAGUAUCCCGCCCGACGUUUUCUCGGCGUAUCCGGAGCUGUUCACGCUGCACCUUCAUGGCAAUCAGUUAACUAAAUACUCAGACAUCGAAGCACUUGCCAAGUGGCUGCCACGUUUGCACUCGAUCAGUCUGCACGGCAAUCCCUUGGAGGAGAAGAAACAUUACCGCAACUACGUCAUCGCGUCGUUCCCGAACCUCAAGCAGCUCAACUUUAGCUCUGUGACGAUUGGCGAUCGAGAUAAGGCAGAAACCUGGACGAGGAUCUACAAGAACGCACGCAACGGAGGGAAAAGUCGAGAGGACGAUCUGUGA